GAGCAGAGAAGGAAGGAAGGAAGAAAGAGAGGGGGAAAGUAGAAGUGUGUUUCUCCCCUGUGCACUGGCAUUAGAGAUUCCUGGAAACGUGGAACUUGGACUUGAAGGCUCGUAGAGGAGGUUUUUUACCCCCAGACACAGGUGGAUACUAACCUUACAGAAGAGUGUGGAGUAAAAGAAAAGGGGAAAGGAUUAAGCAUUUCCUUAUUUUUUUGGUCAGACUUUUGGACUUGGAUUGGGCAAGGCAGCCAUAAGAGGUUUGUAUGAUCAGUAAUCUCUUUAACAAGGGUAUAAACUCAGUAAUUGCGCCAAUUUUCUUCACUGAUCGACCACUACUUAUAGUUAUCUACUUGAGUAUUACAAAAGUAGUUUUAUUCUAUUUAUGUUUUAUUUAUCCUUAUUUAUUCAGGUGAGUCCUAUAUAAAUAUUUUUUUGCAUGGAAGUCCUGGCCACGAGGCAGCAAGCAUUCAGACGACUUUGCUUUAUAAGAUAGUUAAGGCAUAUCACUUUACAAUGUCUAUGACCUGAGUGUUUUUUAUUAGAGUGUCUGCUACUCAAAUCAAGGAUCACUAAAGUAAGUUAGAGUUGGUGUCUGUAGCUCUACUUCUUACAAGGUGUUUGUUGUUGUCCCUCUGAUAUUGUUCUGCAUGUCAUUCCUCUGUAAUUAACCAUAUUAAGACCAAAAUGUGACACAAGUGAAGACAGUUAAGUAGUAAGAUUUCAGUUUUGCAGAUGAAAUGGACUCACAAUAGAGGCUCUUUUUUGCAGGUAUAUACCUGUUCUUAGAGAUAAUGAUUUAGAACUUCAAGGCCUAUGCUGAUUCCAAGGGAUACAAAAAGCUUAACAACAUUCUUCUUUUUGCACAGUGUGUUUUUUUCCCCACCAACUACUAUUGAGUACCGCUCCCUUUCUGGUCACAUAGACCCAACUAGAUUUACAGGGAAAUUACAGAGUGCAUUGUGACAGUGCAGACCACAAGGGACUCUCAUUCUGAUUGCAGCAGAAUCAAAAACCACAGACAGACAAAAGGUCCCGGACAUCUCUCCACUCUUGCACUCUCAGACAGCUAGCUGUUCCUACAUGUAUUUACCUGGUCAGGUCAGGUAAUUUACCUGUACUUAGAUGGAUUGAUGGUGUGGUAAUUUAGUAUCUGUGUUUAUACGGGGCUGACUGAGUGCUCCAGGUGUGUAGUUCAGGGUUGAUUUACCUGGCUGUCUCAUGUAAGGACCUGGCUGUGCCCCCUGUCACUGACCGACGUGACGCACCCUAAUGUUGUCAUAACGGUUUAGGUCCCCUCCCUUUGUUGGAAUGUUCACCUGGCCGCCGUGCAUGUUAUUUAACACAAUAACUACUGAACUAGCAAUGAUUCAUGUGUUCUUUACAUUCUGAAUCAGUCUUUUUAUACAUCUCCCACUGGGCGCAGAUGUCAUUUUAACGUCUAGUUUUUAUUUACAUUUGGUUGAAUUGUCAACUAACGUGAAAUCAACAAAACAUUUCACCAUAUCAUUAGAUUUAGGUUUAGGUUACAAAAUUCCAUCUUGAUUCAACAUCAUCACAUAAAAUAUUUUUGUUGAAAUUAUGUGGAAACAACAUUGAUUCAACCAGUUUUCUCCCAGUGGUACUAUGUUUAUUUGGAUCCCUAUUAGCUGUUACAGUCACAACUUUCUGGGGUCCAUAUAUUUGUUCAUUUUUUACCCCCUUUUUCAAUUGCGAUCAUGUCUCAUCGCUGCAACUCCCCAACGGGCUCGGGAGAGUCAAAGGUCGAGUCAUGCGUCCUCCGAAACAUGACCACGCUCUUUAACACCUGCCCGCCAGCUGCACCAAUGUGUCCGAGGAAACACUGUUCAACUGAUGACCGAAGUCAGCCUGCAGGCACGCGGCUCGCCACAAGAGCACGAUGAGCCAAGUAAAGCCCCCACGGCCAAACACCUCACGACGCUGGGCCAAUUGUGCACUGCCCUAUGGGACUCCCAGUCACAGCCAGUUGUGACACAUCCUGAGAUCGAACCCAGGUCUGUAGUGACACCUCAAGCACUGCGAUGCAGUGCCUUAGACCGCUGCGCCACUCGGGAGGCCCUUAUAUUUUUUUGUUUAGACCAAGUUAAAUUCAAGCAGAACUUUAUUGUUUUUUCCCUCAAACUCUUAGCAUUUUUAACUGUUUCCAUGAGAAAGUCUCUUCAACUGUAGAUAUUAUUCUUCUUUGAUAUGGCUGUGUUUAAUAGUAGUUAACAGACAACCUUUAGGGACCUUACAUUCCUUCUCACAGUGAAGAUAUCAUUGGUCCUGUUUUUUUAGCCUACUCAACCUGGUCAGUGAUAAAUGUGACCGGUAAAACCAGAAACCCACACACACGCACGUGCACACACACAAACACACACCUGUAGGCAGCUCAAGUUCAUGAUAAGGUGAUACAUUACAGUAAGUGCCCGUUCCUGUGUUUUUCUGCUCUGUUUUUGUGAUGGUUGGGUCAGUUUCUCGCCUUGGGGUGAAAUUCCUGUUCGGUAAGUCAAUGGUCAAAGUAGUGGGGCAUUUUUGGAUAAUAAAACCCUCUUUCUCCUCUGAUUCAAUUACUAGCACAUUCUGUGCCACCAACUGUCAGCAUUCACUUAAAAUGUAAGAUUCUCUGUGGAAAAAAUCUGUGUGUUUUCCCAUGUUUACGAUUGCUAUUUACUACUGUAUUAGACUGCAGCUCCUUGCACACAACAUUUACAUUAAACAAUGUCUCUCUUGAUGUCUAGAAGAACAUUCCCUUGAAAUAUCUCAUAGUUACACUUCAGUGCUUUCCCAUUGCAAUUCAUUUCACCAUGCAUGCCCCAACUCGUUUUUACAAGCUGAUUCCCCCAUUCCCCUUGUCUGUCUUCAGUUUGGAUGUGGAGCAUCUGUCUUUAGUUUGGCAUAUGGAUAAUCUAAAAUGGAUUAGUGUGCUGCAGUCAGGGUAUGGCAGGAUAUAUCUGCCUCAGUCUGGAUAUAUAUAGGGUGAAAUUGCCUUUAGCUUCUGUCUGUUUGAUGAGCUAGGGAUGGUUUUUGUUCGAAGUUACAUCUGCUUAUUAAAGGGAUAAUCCACACAAAAACAACAUCAGUCCACUGUUUAUACAAUUCAAAUAUGUUUUGUGAAGUGGACAGUGACACUUUUGUUCUUGAAAGUCCAAUAUCUUGAAAACUUGACUGCUGACAUGUAAAAAAAUGUUGGACUGUAUCAAUAGUGGACUAAUGAAAACAAUACCAAAAUAUAGUUUAUGAGUGGAUUUUCCCUUUAAGGAGUGUUCAGUAUAGAAUUUUUUUCACAGUAGAGAUAUUUCUUCAUACAUAGUUGAUCAUGCAGAUAGGCUAAACAUACAUCCUUUUCUGGAUGUGUGGAUGGUUCACAUUGUCUCUCUGUUCUGUAAGAGUGUAAGGUCUGCGGUAAGGCCACAGAGAGAACUGAGCCAACCAGGGGCAGAUGGUUUGGGUUACACCAUAAUAUUUCUGUAGAGGAAUAACCAGGUACUGAGGUCACUGGGGGAACAUGCAAUACAGGAGGCAGAUAAUGCAACACAGAAGGCAAUACUGGAGGCUGAAAGUCAACUUUCUUUAAUUGAGGCUCUUUGAGUCAACUUGAUGAUACUCUUACCUGACCUCUCCAAGAAGAAGUUACUUUAGGCACAGAUCUAGGAUCACCUUAACCAAAGGAGUGAAAACGGAAAACUGACCUUCCAUCAGUGUCAAGUAGCAACUUUAACCUACUCUUACCUCACCAGGUGAGUGUAGUCUAGCCCGUGGUGAAAGGUCAAAGGUCAUGACAUAUGUGUGUGUGUGUGUUGCAGGAGAGAGAUGGGGAGAUGGAUGUUAAAUCUCUUGGUGGGAGUUGUACUUCUUGCUGUCCUCACGGCCAGUUGCUACGCUGAAGAAGGUGAGAAUUAUUUUCAUCAAUCGAGUGAUUGUUACUGUAUGUCUCGUAUUACUACAGUAUUGACUCUUUCUUUGAAUAUUUUAAUAUGUCGAUAGACACCAUCUUAUUUAUGCAGUUGAGAAAUAGGUUGAAUCAUCUUCACUGAAAAUCAAAUAAUAUUUUUCAUUGGAAUUCUACUGAUGCUAAAUGUUAACACAGAUAUUCCUGCUAUGCUUCUCUGUCCAAUAGUGAAUCACUGUCUGGCUGCGAGGGCUAACACCUGUUCAGCAUGUAUUCAGUCAGGGAAGGGCUGUGCCUACUGUCCAGACGAGGUGAGAAUAAACUACUACUCAAGUUGCCCACAGACACAGCUUACCCCCCACAAAUAUUUAGUGUGACCAAUGUUUGUGUUUGCAUACAGAUCUUUGAUGGACCCCGCUGUGACCUUAAGGACAACAUCAUAAACCACGGCUGUAAAAGCGCGGUGACAGCCGAAAGCAGUAUGUCGAUAGAGAGAGUAAGUAUCAUAAUCACGCUAAUCCUUACUACAUGGAUUCAUGAAUUAACAUGUAUUCAUUAGACUGUUCAUCUGGCUACCUCUGUAAUACUGUAUCAUCAUCAUCGUUCGGCUGCAGAACAGUCGACCACAAGCGUCCUCCAGUUGCUACGGUCACAAGCAAGGUGUGCUUUUUGCUGAGGUUGGAGACACUUGUCUUCGUUCCCCAUGUUAUAUACAUGAUAUGACACACUCUUCCCUCCCUCCCUCCCUCCCUCCCUCCCUCCCUCCCUCCCCCUCCCUCCCUCCCUCCCUCCCUCCCUCCCUCCCUCCCUCCCUCCCUCCCUCUAUAGAGCGAGCAGAUCAACAUGUUGUUGAAGCAGUCCCAGGUAGCUCCUCAGGAGAUGUCUAUGACUCUGCUGCCAGGGGAGGAGAGGGAGAUAGAGAUGGAGGUGUUUGAACCAGCUAAAGGACCUCUGGACCUCUAUAUUCUUAUGGACUUCUCCAACUCCAUGGAAGACGAUCUGGACAACCUCAAGAGGAUGGGUGCUGAGCUGGGUAAGUUAGAGGGGAACGAUGAGUCUGAUUGUUACACCAUUGACUUCAGCGUUGUAGUACUAGAGUAGUCUGGUAGUGGUACUGAUAUUUUCUGUUCCCCAUAUAGCUGAGUUGGUAGGUAAGCUGUCUGAUGACUACACCAUCGGCUUCGGCAAGUUUGUGGACAAGGUGGUGGAACCUCAGACAGACAUGAGACCAUCCAAGUAAGAACUUUAAAACUCUUUAUCCUAUCUAUACAGACACACAUGCAGACACAGAUGCACACAUAGACCCAAAAGUAAACAUUACUACAGUACGAAAAUAUCUGCAUUUAUACACUACUCAUUCUCAUGGCCCCUCCUUCUAUCGAUUUUGCUCCCGACCCCCUCUCCCUCCCCUCUCCUCCUCUUCCUCUCCCUCCCUCCCUCUCUCCAGACUUGCCCAGCCUUGGCCCAACAGCGACCCUCCCUUCUCGUUCCGUCAUGUGAUCACUCUGACCUCUGACCUGCCGACCUUCACCGAGAAGCUGCAGAAGGAGAGGAUCUCAGGGAACCUGGACGCUCCAGAGGGGGGCUUCGACGCCAUACUGCAGGCUGCAGUCUGCGGGGUAGGACUAAAGAGUUAGAUUUACUAGAACGGAUAUUACCAUUCAACGUUUUGUGGUGGGGGAUGCAGGCAACCAUCUUUGGUGUACUGUUUGUGAUGUUUAAUUAGUUGAAGCUUGCUGUUUGAUUAGUUAACUGUAAUGCACCGCUGUGUGAUUCUUUAGGAGCCUCCAUACACUUGUAUAGAACUCUCUCCUUACUCCUUUCUUCUCCUUCUCCCUUUUUCAAACUCUCUCUCUCUCUCUCUCUCUCUCAAACUCUCUCUCUCUUUCUCUCUCUUUCUCUCUCUUUCUCUCUCUCUCUCUCUCUCUCUCUCUCUCUCUCUCUCUCUCUCUCUCUCUCUCUCUCUCUCUCUCUCUCUCUCUCUCUUUCUAUGUCUUUCCUUUUCCUCCCCUCCAGGAUAAGAUCGGCUGGCGUGGCCAUGCCACCCACCUCCUGGUCUUCUCCACCGAGUCUGCCUUCCACUACGAGGCAGACGGUGCCAACGUGCUGGCAGGCAUCAUGCCACGCAACGACGAGCAGUGCCACCUGGAUCCCGAGGGGAAAUACACAGAGGACACCAAGCAGGACUACCCCUCUGUGCCCACUCUGGUCCGCCUGCUGGGCAAACACAACAUUAUCCCCAUCUUCGCCAUCACAAACCACUCCUUUACCUAUUAUCAGGUAAGAACUCAAAGAGUUACUACUUACCUUACUAUCCCUAACCCUAUCCCUGAACCUUACUCUAACCCUACAAACACAGCAUCAUGCCCAUUUUCACCAUCACCAUUCACUCAUACUUAUUGUAAUGGGGGUUUGGCCACUGAGUUUAGCCACUGUCUGUUCUGGGAGGCCUGGAAAUACCUCUUAACUCAUCUUUAACAUUGCAGAUAAAACCUUAUAUCUCAUUCAUGUUUUGCGGGUUCUCCCUGUGUAGAAGCUUCAUGAGUAUUUCCCCAUUGCUGAGUUGGGUCUGCUACAGGAAGACUCUGCUAACAUCCUCAGUAUCCUGGAGAAAGCCUUUGAGGUAAGAAUGGGCUUGUUUUACAGGUGUGGCAAAUUAAACACAUGAAUUCAAUUUGAUUUUACUUUAUGCAUCCCCUAAGGGCUAUUACGAAAGGCAUUGCCAGAUGUUCUAAUAAUGUUCUCUGUCUGUCCUCUCAGAAUAUCCGUUCUAAGAUCAGUAUCCGUGCUGAGGACAGGCCUAAAGCUAUAGAAGCUCAAGUCCUAUCAUACAGUGGCAAUGUUGCACAGGCUGGAACCUUCAAAGUCAAGCCUGGACAAAUAGUAAGAAACACUUAGAUGUCGCAUACACACACACACACACACACACACACACACACACACACACACACACACACACACACACACACACACACACACACACACACACACAUACACACACAGCUAGCAUGACACAAUGUUAACAUGAUGACAACAUUUUCUAUAAGUUGUGCUGAUCAUCAUCUCUCCCCCCCCGCCUGUAUUGCUGAUCCUAUGUACUGGCCAAUGAGAGGCUUUGAAGACACUGGUCGGCCAUAUUGGCACUCGCCAGAAGAAGCAUUCCUCCAUAGGAAUGAAUGGAAUUCUGCAGUAUCUCUAUUACAUGUUUCAAUGCCAAAAUGUAUGAAGUAUUUUGGGUUGUAGUGGGGACAGUAACAUAAUAAUUUUCAACAAAUUAUACUUUUAAGGGAAAAGAAUUCAUAUAUUUUUCCUUUUGUUUUGGGGGGUUUAGCUCACAUAAUAUCAUUGAAAAAAGUGUGCAUUUAGGUGUCUUUAAUAGAAUAAACAUGGCUAAAACAAAUGUAGACAUUAAUAAAUGCAUUUCUUUAGCUUCCAAAAUAUUUUUACAAUGGUGGUGGUGCCAAGAUGGAGGCACAGUGGCUUCAAAACAGCGCCCCCUGUCAGUCAUCUAUGAGUCAUUUACACACACACACACUAACCCAUUCUGUGUUUUUUUCCAGGGGAAGUUUAAGGUGCGUGUCAAAGCCAGUGAGAUGGUUGGGGAGGAACAUGUGUGUAAUCUGGAGCAGGGUGACAAAAAGGGGAAGAUGAGAGUCAAACCAACAACCUUCAGCACAGCUCUAAACAUCAACGCUGAAGUGCUCUGUAAAACCUGCGACUGUGAGAAGGUAUGAAGACAGACAGAAAGACACGUAUGUGCAGAAAUACACACACAAACACAGGUUUUGGUUUUUAACUGUCUUUCUUUCUCUAUCUCCGCUUCCCUCAGACUCCCACUGAAAAUGCAGUGCGGUGUACAGGCCACGGCGCCCUGGUCUGUGGGAAGUGCCAGUGCUACGUUGGCUGGUGAGACAAACAGAACUGAAUGUACUUUCUCUCUCAUAUGCUAUAUCCUCCUGAGAUCCCCCCAAAAAAAAUUGGGGGGGGAAUUUGUUAGAUUUUUUACAUAACAUAAGUGUUUGAGGUGAAAAAAAAGAAGAAAAAAAAAAGUAUUGUUAGUUAUCUUUUAUUGUAAGUGCAAAAUUGUCCUCUGUAGUGGUCAUUUGGACAUAAAUAUGAAUAAAUUAACAUUACAGUGAAUGGGUACAGUAGGUGAAAAACAUAGUUGCGGCUACAGAGGAAAUUUCUUGAUAAGAUCUUAUUUAGCUCUUAUUUAAUGUUUUUUAUUAAUUUUUUUACACAGUCCUGACAACUCACUUAACUAUUCCUGAGAUAUUCACUUACUGGAAAUAAUUGGAAUAUUCAAAUUUCCAUUAAAUGUGCAAAUUUUGACGGCAGCCAUUUUUUAAAGAAAUAGGAAGAUAAAGUUAUCAAGGUCACACCCCCACACAUGUAAUCUCAUUGAAAAGCCCAGAAUGUCCUCUCAAAGGGACAAUAGGACUUAACACAGUGGCUUGUAUGGCCUCAGAGGUACGGACCAAGAACUGUUGUCCACGAGAGAGGGCAAAAAUGAGUUGCUGGGUCUCAGGAGGAUAUAAUAAUAAUUUUUAGUGAUUUUCCAGUGCUCAAAGCACUUCACAUCAUAAGGUGGGAAACUCACUUCUACCACCACUGAUGCAUAGCACCCUAGGGUGAUGCACGGCAACUAAUUUGUGCCAGAACGUUCACCACACAUCAGUUACAGUAUCAUGUUGGAGAGCUGAGGAGUGAUAUAUGCCAAUUAGGAAAGACAGAACAUGAGUAUAAAAGACCAUCUUUCUCCCCGUGGUGUGUGUCCCCAGGCUGGGUCCGUUCUGUAACUGCUCAGCCAGUGCGUCGCCGGACGCAGGUGGGUCCUGUCUGGGUCCUGAUGUGGGGGAGCCGUGUUCUGGCCGAGGAGAUUGCCUGUGUGGAACGUGUGUGUGUUACAACACCGACCAGUACGAGGGACCCCUCUGUCAGUUUGACAAGUCCCAGUGUCAACGAUACGGAGGCUUCCUCUGCAACGGUGAGUGUGUGACUGUCAUCAUUGUCUCAGAUAGCGAGCUUGUGGCACCACGUUGCGUUAGAAUAACGCUGUCUGUUGGGAGACAAUGGGGCUGUCAUAAGACGUGUACAACUUUGUCAUACAUACAGUUUGUGUUCACUAAACUCCAUAAAAGCUGAAUCUUUGUGAGAGUGUGUGAGAGUGUGAAGCACUUGAACCAUUUCUGUUUGUGUGUGUUAGACCGUGGUCGCUGCUUCAUGGGCCAGUGUGCGUGUGCAGAGGGCUGGGAGGGACCGGCCUGUGAGUGUCCCAUAAGCAACCAGACCUGUCUGGACACUAAAGGGGUGAGGACUACAUCAUCUCUCUUUUCUCUCUCUCUCUCUCUCUCUCUCUCUCUCUCUCUCUCUCUCUCUCUCUCUCUCUCUCUCUCUCUCUCUCUUUCUCUCUCUCUCUCUCUCUCAAUUAAAUUAAAUUCUAAGGGGCUUUCUUGGCAUGGGAAACAAAUGUUUACAUUGCCAAAGCAAGUGAAAUCAACAAUAAACAAAAGUGAGAAGACACAAAACAAAAUUAACCUCUUAAGGAUCGUACCCUUUUUUUCAAAUGUUUGCCUAAAAUGACAUACCCAAAUCUAACUGCCUGUAGCUCAGGACCUGAAGCAAGGAUAUUCAUAUUAUUGAUACCAUUUGAAAGGAAACACUUUGAAGUUUGUGGAAAUGUGAAAUUAAUACAGGAGAAUAUAACACACUAGAUCUGGUAAAAGAUCAUCCAAACCAAAAAACAUGCUUUUUUACAUUUAUUUUAUUUUUAUCAUCUUUGAAAUGUAAGAGAAAGGCCACAAUAUAAUAUUGCAGUUUAGGCGCAAUUUAGAUGUUGGCCACUAGAUGGCAGCAGUGUGCGUGCAAAGUUUCAGAUUGAUCCAGUGAAGCAUUGCAAUACUGGACUAUUUUGUAUCAAGUCUGUCCAAAUGUGCCGAAUUGGUCAAUUGAUACAUUUUCAAGUACAUAACUAUAGAGAACAUACAACAAUGAUAUGGUAAUAGAAAAUGUAAGUUUACACACUCCCAAGAAUGUCAUACAUGAUGGAUCAUUAGCUUAUACACUAACUUUCACACAUCUAGAUGGCCGGGCGGGGUGGGUGUGGAGCCAGAGACAGCAGGAGUUUAAACUGUAGAACCCAGUUCCUACAUUUGAAUAUAAAAAUGGAUUUUAUCAAACAAAACUUUGCUACAUUUUAUCUCUGGGACCCUUAGGAUGACAAAUCAGAGCAAGAUUACUGAAUGUAAGUACAUUAUUUACCUUCAGAGGUGAAUGUAUCAAACCAGUUGCCGUGAUACGCUUUGUGUUGUUGUGCACUCUCCUCAAACAAUAGCAUGGUAUUGUUUCACUGUAAUAGCUACUGUAAAUUGGACAGUGCAGUUAGAUUAACAAGAAUUUAAGCUUUCUGCCCAUGCAUGACAUGUCUAUGUCCUGGAAAGAUUGCUGUUACUUACAACAGUCAUGCUAAUCACAUUAGCGCAUGUUAGCUCAACCGUCCCGUAUACGGGACACCGAUCCCGUAGAGGUUAACAAAAAACUAUUUGAAAUGAAUAGUAAACAUUGCACUCAAAAAGGUUUCAAAAAGAUAAAGACAUUUCAAGUGUUAUAUUAUCAGUACAGUGUUUUAGCAAGGUGCAAAUAGUUGUAGUACGAAUAGUGUGGGAAGAUAAAUAAACAGGUAAAUAUUGGUGGUAUUUACAAUGUUGUAUGUGCUCCAUUGAUUGCCCUUUUCUCAUGGCAACGGGCCACAAAUCUUGCUGCUGCGAUUGCAUAUUUUGGUAUUUCGCCUAACAGAUAUGGUAGUUUAUCAAUGUUGGAUUUGUUUUCAAAUUCUUUGUGGGUGUGUGUGAUCUGUGGGGAAUAUUUGUCUCUAAUGUAGUCAUACAUUUGGCAGGAGGUUAGGAAGUGCAGCUCAGUUUCCACCUCAUUUGUGGACAGUGGGCACAUAUCCUGUCUUCUCUUGAGAGUCAGGUCUGACUAUGGCGACCUCUCUCAAUAGCAAGGCUAUGCUCACUGAGUUUAUACAUAGUCAAGGAAUAUCUGACACUGUGUACUCUCUGUUUAGGGCCAGAUAGCAUUCCAAUUUGCUCCCUUUUUUUGUUUAUUCUUUACAGUGUGUCAAAUAGUUAUCUUUUUGCUUUCUCAUAAUUUGUCUGGGUCUAGUUGUGUUGCUGGCCUGGGGCUCUGUGGGGGUCUGUUUGUGUUUGUGAACAGAGCCACAGAACCAACUGGUUGAGGGGACUCUUCUCUAGGUUAGGGCUUUGUGGUGGAAUAUGUGGCCAUCACUUCCUUUUAGGUGAUUGUAGAAUUGAACAUCUUUUUUCUUGAUUUUGAUAACGUAUAGUCCUAAUUCUGCUCUGCCUGCAUUGUUUGGGGUUUUGCGUUGUACACAAAAUAUAUUUUAGCUGAAUUCUGCAUGCAGUCUCUCAAUUGGGUGUUUGUCCCAUUUUGUGAACUCUCUCUCCCUCUCUCCAAUAUUUUUCAUUAAUGAUCUAAUCACUACCCCCCCCCCCCCCCCCCCCCCCCUCUCUCUCAGGGUGUCUGUAACGGGCGUGGUGUGUGUAAAUGCGGUCGUUGUGAGUGCCAGGACUCGGGCCUGCCCAUGACCCCCACCUGUGAGGCUAACUUCCAGGCUCAGCUGGGGAUGUGUGAGGACAAGAGGAGCUGUGUCCAGUGUCAGGCCUGGAAGACAGGAGAGAAAAAGGACAGCGACCAGUGUAACCAGUGCAGGUUCAAAGUCGUCAUGGUGGACGAGCUCAAGGAAAAUAAAGAGGUGAUUGAGGCGUGUAGUUUCCGUGACGAGGAUGAUGACUGUACGUACCACUACACCGUGGACUACCCUGAGGACCAGACUGACAAGGAACUGGAGGUCCAGGUGCUCAAGAAGAAAGGUGAGACAUGACCAACGUUCAUAUAUGGGUGGCAGGUAGUCUAGCGGUUAGAGUGUUGGCCCAGUAACCAAAGGUCAACAAGGUAAAAAAAAAAAAACGGUUCGUUGUUGAUAAUGGCAGAACAUGGCUACCCCACACUCUGAGGGUGUCUCAGGGAGAGUGCGAUAUGCAAAAAAAAAAAAACUUUUCCAAUUCGCACAUACACAUUUGUGAAAUAGGACAAAUAUAAGCACCCACCUAAUUAUUAUUAUCUUGAUACCUUUGUUUAUAUGACGCUAAUACAAUUACGGGGGUUCCCUGGUUUGUUCUGGAAGUGCUCAGCAUCUUUGUGACUUGUGAUGCUGAUGUUAUUGUUGAUGUUGUGUUCCGUCCCCUUAGACUGUCCCCCUGCUGGCUUCCUGUGGCUGAUCCCUCUCAUCAUGUUCCUCAUGUUACUGCUGGGUCUACUGCUGCUCUGCUGCUGGAAGUACUGCGCCUGCUGCAAGGUACUGUCCAGUCACAACCAUAACACAACCAUAACAUGACCUCAACACAACCAACCAUGGCCUUGCCAUACUCUGAAGGAAAUAAUCCCUCUCUCUUUGCAUCCCACCUCAUUCUCUUUCUCUCUCAGGCAUGUCUUGCUCUACUGCCAUGCUGUGGAAGAGGUGAGUGACUCAUGCCAAAUCACUGUUAUGAAUCUUUUAAUAUUCUUCUGUGCAUAUAUUACUAGUUCUGUACCAUGUUUCCAGGCAGUAUUAUAAUGUGUGAUUGAACAUGAGUUUUCCUAUGUGUGUCUGUGUCUGCAGGCCGUAUGGUUGGCUUUAAGGAGGACCAGUACAUGCUCCGCCAAUCCCUGCUUACCUCUGACCACCUGGACACGCCCCUAGUGAGGACAGGCCCGCCCAAGAGCACCGACGUGGUUCGCUGGAAGAUCACCGACAAUGUCCACCGAUCGCCCAAUCACCCGCUGGCGCAGGUCCAGCCCAACCCCAAAGAGACCAGUGAGUGUGAAGUGUUCUGAAUUCCAGCUCUCCCAUUGGUUGGAGUUAUCACUAGAACUUCCUGGUUUACAUUGUUAUGAUUCUGAGAGAUGAAACCUUAACCCUAAUCCACCUCUCUUCUCCUCUUCCGUUCUUCCUAAUUUGCCUCUCUUCCUCCUCCUCCUUUUCCUCUCCUCCUACUCUCUUUCUCCUCCAUCUAUAGUCCAGUUCCCUCUGUCCCUGCGUCUGAACAGGUUGUUCACAGACAGUCUGUCUCACCCUGACGCCAGAGACACGGAGAUGUUGCGCAGGGAGGUUGAUGACAACGUGAGUGUGUUUGUGUGAGUGUGAGCAAGCUGGGUGUAUAUACAGUAUUGGAUGAUCAUCCUUGUGACAGUGGAUUGCGUGUGUAUACUGUAUGUGUGUCUUCUCUGUUUAGCUGAAUGAAGUGUACAAGCAUAUUCCUGGAGCCCAGAAGGUUCAGAAGACCAAAUUUAGGUGAGACACUUAUUUCAGGAUAACCUUCAAUCCCUCUUGAAUUUAUUAUAAUGAAAAUAAUUUUUGUGCAUGUUGUCUAAAUCGUAUAUUCUCAUAUCAUCAUUACUGAUAUUCUGGUUGUGUUUCAGAUUGCAGAGAAAUGCUGGUAAAAGAAAAGACCACACAAUUGUAGACACAGUCGUGUCCGCUCCUCGCUCCAGCUACCCUGAUAUCGUCAAAUUGACUGAGAAAAACGUCCAGUCUGGAAACUUCCAAGAUCUCAAAGUGGUGCCGGGCUACUAUACAGUGGCCACAGACAAAGGUGUGUGUUUGUGUUUGUGUUUGUGUUUGUGUGUGUGUCUGUGUGUGUGUCUGUGAGUUUCCCUAACUGUCUCUCCCUCUCGCUCUCUCUCUCUAUCUCUCACUCUCUUCUCUCUGCAGAGGCGGCUGGUGCCGUGGAGUUCCAGGAGGGGGUGGAGACGGUGGAUGUGCGCGUGCCGCUCUUCAUCAAGGAAGAAGAUGAUGAUAAGAAGCAGCUGCAGGUGGAGGCGGUAGACGUUCCUCUGGGCAUCGCUGAAAUAGGGAAACGCUUCGUCAACAUAACCGUCAUCAAAGAACACGGUGAGAGCCAAUCAGAGGAGCCUUAUCUAACCCCUGACCUCUCUACUCACACAUACACACAGUUCUUCAAAACCAUUCAAAAGCAUUACAAAACAGUUUCUUACUAUUUAUUUCCAGUGAAUACGUGUACAUUUCUCUCUUUUCUUUUGUGUACUUCCCUUCCACUGACCUUAUUUAGCUCAUAACUGUGUGUGUCUUUCCUCUCCUCUCCAGCCAAGAGUAUUAUGUCGUUCCUCCAGCCUUCGUACACUUACAGCCGACAGGACGGAGUGGCUAACAUCCCCAUUAGCAGAGAGAUCAUAGAGGACGGACACACACAAGUCACCUACCGCACCCGAGAUCUCACCGCCAAGGACAAGAAGGUAACACGCACGCACACACACUAAAAGACAGCAAUAUCACACCUUUCAUUAGUCUAAGUGACUGUUUCUUUUCCCAAUCCUAACUACUCUUCCCUCUCUUGCCAGGACUAUGUGACAGUGGAUGGGGACCUGUCCUAUGGGCCAGGGGAGACCCAGAAGACUGUCCCUGUGCGUCUGUUGGAGCUGGGAGAGGGAGACGGUCUGCUGAAGGACACACAGGUCAAACAAUUUGUCAUGGACCUCACUAACCCAAGACAGGGAGCAAAGCUGGGACGCUACCCCAGAACCACCGUCACCAUCACUGACCAACCAGGUGAGAUGUUAUAUACUACUGUCACUAUCACUGACCAACCAGGUGAGAGGUUAUAUACUACUGUCACUAUCAAUGACCAACCAGGUGAGAGGUUAUAUACUACUGUCACUAUCACUGACCAACCAGGUGAGAGGUUAUAUACUACUGACACCAUCACUGACCAACCAGGUGAGAGGACAGGGUCCAGGGUGUAUCACAUAGCAUGAAAAAAGAAAGAAAGAUACCUGUAUAUUAUUUAGAUUAUUCCAGCGUUUUAAUAUAGCAGUGUUUCUUUGGAUCUUCUUCAGCUCACAGGAGAGCCUCGCACAACAGGUCCCAGACAUUACUAUCUUGGCUAAUAUCCACAUUUAUGGUUAGAAAGCCAGCCAUAACUUUAUCCUCUCUAACAUGGCCAUAACAAACUUCCUCUCCCCUUGCUCCCCUCAGAGCCCAGUGUGAUGAUGUUUAUGAAGAGCACCCAGAACUUCUCCACAGCUGACCCAACCUACUCCAUUCCUGUGGUCCGCACCCGCAACCAGGAGGGGCCAGCCACCGUCCACUGGAAGACCCGCAAUGCCAAGCGCUUCGAGCUGUCCGGUCCCCUCAAGUUUGGUCCUGGGGAGACGGAGAAGAACAUCGUGAUCGACCCACUCUCUCACCCUGGCCCGGUCAAACCAGAAGUCUUCCAGCUGGAGUUGUUUGACCCCAGUACGAACGCUGCGGUCGGGGAGAGGAAGACAACGAUGGUCACGGUUACUGAUGGAGGUAAUACACACAGAAACAGACACUGAAACACACACAUACAGUAUGGGGUAUCUAUAAGGAAUCUGAUGCAUGAGAUGUGCAUCACUAAAAUAAGUUACCCAACCCUUUAUGCCCCCUCCCUCUCUCCCUUCCUCCCUCCCUCCUCCCCCAUACCCUCAGGACUCCCAGAGAAUGCCCAGAGGCAGCAGCAGGGUAUGGACUUCAUCAACCAGACAGCCAUGUCUCCUGGUGGUCGUCUCUUCUCUCCCACCAAUGUGAAGGCUAAAGCCACUGGCCCACGAAACAUCCGUCUCAACUGGGACCCCUUAGGAAGCCCCCUGGGCUACAAGGUAAGGAACCCCCCCUCAGGAUCUAACCCCUUGGACUGCAAGGUACUGAGAGGAACUGUCAUACAGGACUUGACUUACCUUGAUUUAAACCCUUUUACUCCGUGAGGAGCAUAGGUCAUCAACAGAUUUGCCCCCAUUACACACCUGCCAACCUUUGCUGGUGGAAAUUAGGAGAUUGUUUUCCUUAGCUCUCACUGAACUUUGAACUAAUGUUUUGAAAUUAACUCUGAAACUAUAAUUUACCAAAAAAUCUUUGGAGUGUAAUUUUGGAGUAUACAAAUAAACGAUGGAAUGUGUUCCAUUUAAGAUUGUUCAUUCCAACCAGUGUUUCACCUGUGUUUUCUAUGUCUUCUGUUUCCCUCUCCCUGGUCACCAGGUGAAGUAUUGGAUCUAUGGGGACCCUGAGGCUGAUGCCCAGUUGAUGGAUGUGAAGACCACCCACGCUGAGCUGACCAACCUGUACCCCUUCUGUGACUACGAGAUGAAGGUGUGUGGCUACAAUGCCCUAGGAGACGGAAACUACAGCGACAUGGUGCCCUGUCAGACCCUGGAGGAUGGUGAGUGAGCACACUUCCUGUUCCUGUCAAAGAUAGACUACAUUUACUGUCUUUCACAAAUAACACUUCUAGGAUUGUGGACAGUUUUUUCUUGUUGAAUAUUGUUGGGGCGACACAGCAUGUAAGCUCAACGAUUGUGUAGAUGUUUUUCUGCCUUGUGAUAAACGUUCUCUCUCCUUUCUUUCCUCCCCUCAUCUCUCUCUCUUCUCCUCCUCCAGUCCCCAGUGAGCCCGGUCGUCUGGCGUUCAAUGUCAUCAGUCCAACUGUCACUCAGGUCAGCUGGGCGGAGCCUGCCGAGACCAACGGCGUCAUCACCAACUACGAGGUCCUCUAUACACCCAUCAAUGACGACACAAGUGAGUGACCAAUCAAAUCAAAGAAUCUCUGAAUGCCUCUUAAUGCCUGUGCUUCUAAGACAUUCUAACAUGUACAUAUUAGAACGUACAUAUAAUAUAAUGGGAUCUCUGUGUUCUCCUUUCCCUCUUCCUUCCCCUGUAGAGCCGAUGGGUGUAGCUAAGAAGGUUAAGAUAGACAACCCUAAGAAGAGGAUGUUGCUAAUUGAGAACCUGCAGUCAGCCCAGACCUACUGCUAUAAGGUCCGGGCUAAAAACAGCGUUGGCUGGGGUCCAUUCAGAGAGGCAACCAUCAAUCUGGCCUCACAGCCCGUCAGACCCAUGUCCAGUGAGUUCCUCUAUGGCACUGCAUUGCUGUUUUGUGGACAAUAAAUCCUCAAAUUAACCAAUGAAAACCAACUGUCACUGUAGCCCUCAAGGACCGGAAUAAUGCUCCUUGUGCUGUCUCCUACUAUAGAAUACUAUAUUGAAUUUUAUACUUUUAGCAUGACCAUAGCUUCAUGUUUGAGUCUCCUCCCUCUCUCCCUGUAGUUCCCAUCAUCCCAGACAUCCCAAUAGUGGACGCGGAGGCCGGGGAUGAGUACGACGGCUAUCUGAUGUACAGCAGUGAGGUCUUGAGGUCACCAACAGGCUCCAAGAGACCCAGCGUCUCAGACGAAGGUGGGUACCCACAGACUACGCCACCUUACCUGGCUCUUGGAGCCUGUCUCUCUGCAGCCUAACUUCAGUGGCGUACUGUGUGUUGUGGUUUUGUAGUUUGUUUUCAGUGGACCCCAUAAAGAAUAGCUGUUGCUAAGUAACAGCUAAUGGAGAUGAAGCUCACUCUUUUAGAUUUAUGCAUAUUGGGUAGUAGCCCCCUCAUUAAGCCAGUGAGCUUCACUGCUCUGUGAAACCAAGUGAAUGCAGACUGGACAGGACAGGACUGUUAUAAAUGGGUUCCAUACAAAGAAAUGUCUAUCCAUCUUCUGUAGUCCAGUGCUCUGCUCACCGAAGCAGAGAGAGAAAGAAAAUAAAGAAAAACAGAAAAGGUCUUACAGUGUCACGGUCAAGGGGGCUUACAAAUAGGAGGGCCUCCUCCACCAUUCUCUCUCUCUUUUUGCACUCUCUUUUCUUUCUCUUUCUGCCGCUCUCUUCUUUCUUUCUCUUUAUUUGUUUUGUCCCCCCCCCCUCUCUCUUUCUCUCUCUAAGAAACAUACAUUUAUUUUACAUCUCAUGAGAUCAUGAGAUUUUCGUGGUCCUCUGUAGCUCAGCUGGUAGAGCACGGCGCUUGUAACGCCAAGGUAGUGGGUUCGAUCCCCGGGACUACCCAUACACAAAAAAAUGUAUGCACGCAUGACUGUAAGUCGCUUUGGAUAAAAGCGUCUGCUAAAUGGCAUAUUAUAUUAUAUUAUUAUAUCAUCAGAUCAUUUUCGUCUUCAUGGCUUUGGGUUCUGUCAUGCCAGUCUUCAUACCAGUCUUCAUUUUCUUCUUCAUGGCUUUAUCAUGCCAGUCAAACCUCUCCUACCAUUGAUCCCAACUGCAAAGAAAUAUGUGAUUUCUGAGAGCCUCCAGACAUCUGGAGUUGUAGAUAUCACUGAAGCUACAUACAUGCAGCCUCCUCCUCUUCCUCCUCUCUCCUUCACUCGCCCUUUCACCAAUCACCACGCUUCACAAAAACAACAACUGCCAUGCAAACCAUCAAUCCAGACCAUCACCCACCCACCCUGCCUGCUUGCUUCUCCCCUCCAUAACAAGGCUUUAUCAAGUUGGUGGGUUCCAAGCUGGACCUGCGUUCGGUGUCCUGGAAGAGGCAUGUGGAUGUGAUCCCCUACCGCCUCAGCACAGACACAGACACCAGCACUGACGAGACUCCCCGGCCCAGUCGAGCACAGACCCCAUCCCUGAAAGGUGAAGACCACCUACCUCGAGUGCUAGACAGCCAGCAAGCCAGACAGAUAGACAGAAAGAUAGCAUGCCAGCUACUGCGCACGGCAGGCACCAACCUCCAAUGUAGCUGCAGUGCCCCCUUAUCAUCUCAUCUCUGUCUACACAAAAUAUGCACGAUCGUUGAUCCUUUAAGAUGAGCCUGAGUCUACAGAUCGCUAAUCAACAGCAUGCGCCCUACUUCAAAUCUGCCAUCUGCCCUGAAACUGCAACCUGGUUCUACUCUUAUCCCUACCCCUGCUGCACCCCUCAACCUUCCAACCCAAAGAGGGUUCCAGGCAUCAACUGCCCCACCUCCAGUUGAUGAUCAUGGACAGGCUUUUCCAGGUGCCUGUUUGUCUCCCCUGUCUGUCCUCUUUACACCUCUCUGUGGAGAGAGACCCUUGAAAGGAGGCAGCUUGAAGGGCUUGUAUAAAGGCUUCUCAUGGGUGUGAAAGUGGUGAUAAAUAUAUGUCCCUGUGUGCUGCAGUCUAAUGUUGUAAGGUGGCCAUUUCUCUUGCAGUUUGUUGUGAUUUGUUGCUAUCGAUGCACUUGAAUCAAUUAUUUUGGUUCCAAAAUGUUUGGUUUGGGUUAUGUUGGGUUCCAGAAUGUUAUUGAUUUUCUUUAUGUUCUCCUCUCACUCCUCCGGCUCUCCUCAUCUUUGUCUGUUAGACCAAAUGAACGGGAAGGUGGGAACAAAACUUCCUGUUCCCCGGGGGAAAUAAUUCCAUGUCGCGCAGUGCCAACAUGUCUUCUUCCAGCUACAGCCAGAUGUCUCCCAUGUCCACCCUCAGCUCCAACCACAGAGGAGGGGCCGGGGGUUCCAUGACCACGGAGUCCACCACAACAUACCUCUCUGGACAAGGUAUGGAUGGAUGCAGAUUCUUUCUUAAAAUGUGUCAGCUUUUGAAUCUUUCUGUUGACUUACAAUGAUAUGAUAGUGACAAGAAAUUCCAGCUGGCUUGUCUUCACCAGAACAGUAGCUACACCAUACAGGUUCAGCAAACUUGGAGAUUUAGAGUUUCAAUGGGCAACGUGUUGACACCAAAAGUUCGAAAGGCAUUGCACUGAGAAUGUAUGCUAGAAUUCUAUUGUUCUGUAUCUAUGUCUCUGGUAGCCAUCAUUAUUCUACUCCUGUCUUUUCGUCUCCUCUCCUACAGGAGGAAACUCGCUCUCCCGCACACAGAUUAUUGGGGGCGGGAUGCGCACAGAGAAUGUUGUCCUGAGAAAGCGGUCAGAGAACAAAGGAUACUAUGAGUAUGACGACAACAUCCGAGAUUCCAUCGUCAUAGGAGACCUGUCCAGUGGAUUGUCUGGAUACACAGACGGCAAAAGUAAGAUUAGUUGAAGUUGAGGCAUAUUUUUGAAGCAUAUUUUGAAACAUAUUUUGAAGCAUAUUUCCAGCUCUUUGAGAUAAAGAGCCGAUCAUUUACAAUCCACACUGACACAGGUCACAGGCAUAGGGUUUCACCGAGCCAUUGAGAUGAGGUCUUUGACUAUGAGGCUUUUGCUAAGGAAAAUGCCAUUGCAUAGUAUUCAGAUCUUUCUGUCCUCUACUAUUGAAAGCUGGGAGAAGCUUAUCUGUUUGUCUGUAGCGAUCGUGGCUAUAAAUGUUGGAAAUACACAUCAUCUGCAGCAGGCUUACUGAUGAGAUGCAUGAGGCGGAUGGCUUGGAUAUCAGUUAUCGAUUAUUGGGGCUGGUGGCUAUACAGAGCUAUGCAGGAGCUAUGGUGACUGUCGCUCUCCUCUUCUCUCUUCUGUUAUUCUCUCUCCUUCAAUCCUCUCUGCUCCCUUGCCUCUUUCUCUCUCCUCCUUUUCCUCCCCGUGUUCCUUCUCCCACUCCUUCACUUCCUUCCCUCUCCUGUCCUCCUUCUCUCCUCCUUUUCCUCCCUGUGUUCCUUCUCCCACUCCUUCACUUCCCUCCCUCUCCUGUCCUCCUUCUCUCCUCCUUUUCCUCCCCGUGUUCCUUCUCCCACUCCUUCACUUCCCUCCCUCUCCUGUCCUCCUUCUCUCCUCCUUUUCCUCCCUGUGUUCCUUCUCCCACUCCUUCACUUCCCUCCCUCUCCUGUCCUCCUUCUCUCCUCCUUUUCCUCCCUGUGUUCCUUCUCCCACUCCUUCACUUCCCUCCCUCUCCUGUCCUCCUUCUCUCCUCCUUUUCCUCCCUGUGUUCCUUCUCCCACUCCUUCACUUCCCUCCCUCUCCUGUCCUCCUUCUCUCCUCCUUUUCCUCCCCGUGUUCCUUCUCCCACUCCUUCACUUCCCUCCCUCUCCUGUCCUCCUUCUCUCUUCCUUUUGCUUCCUUUUGCUCGCUCCCUGCAUUCUCAGGUACAUAUGGCUUCAGCCCCACUCAGACUCCGAGUCAGUACAGCUACAGUAUGUCUAAGGUCUUGGGGGGCAGGACCCAGUCUGAGGAUGUCAACGAUGCUCUACUGAAUCUGGACAGGGUGCUCCAGGGUGAGUCUGUCUGUCUGCAGCACACACACAGCUGUCCUCUCUCACACCACUGGGACUAUAGCAGGGCUUAAAGCUACACUAUCGGUUCAUAGUAGGGCUUACCAUGUCCAUAGCUGGUUUGAGAGGAAGGCUUGGUGUUGCUAAAGCAGUUUUUUGCUGUGAUAUGUUUGUUUUAGGGAAAGCUAUCUCUUUCUCCCUCUCUCUCUCUUUAGCUCUCUCUCUCUCUCCAUCGAGCUCACUCCCCUCUCACUAAUCCUCUCACCUAGUAACUGUAAUUUACUUGACUCCACUUAACCCCUAACCCCUGACCUCUCUCUCUCCCCCCAUCUCUCUCUGUCUGUCUCUAUGUCACUGACCUCUCUCUCCCCCAUCAGACUCUCGUUUGGCCCCUGGGGUCCCUGACACCCCCACCAGGCUGGUGUUCUCUGCCCUGGGCCCCACGGCCCUGAAGGUCAGCUGGCAGGAGCCCCACUGUGAGAGGGAUGUGCUGGGGUACUGUGUCCUCUACCAGCUGCUCAAUGGAGGUAUGGACCCAUGAUGAUUUGUGUCACAUUGUAAACACAUGGUGUUUUGUUGAUGUGCGGAAGAAGAAUGUUGUUUUUCACUUGGAACCUGUGAACAUAGUUAUCAGGUUUUUCUUGAAUAGGAUUAGAAGAAAUGUGUCUUUUACAGUUUCCUUAGCCCUAUCAACUUAUUUAGAUCUCAAAACAUUGUCCCAGCAUCCCUCUACACAACAGUGCUAUUCAAACUUUUUCAGCAGGGACCCCAUUGUUUCAGGCAGAAUUUCUGGGGACCCCAUUUUUUUCACAAUAAUAUUUCUCAUGACCCUGGGCCUCCCGAGUGGCGCAGUGUUCUAAGGCACUGCAUCGCAGUGCUAGCUGUGCCACUAGAGAUACUGGUUCGAGUCCAUGCUCUGUCGCAGCCGGCCGCACACAAUUGGCCCAGCGUCGUCCAGGGUAGGGGAGGGUUUGGCCGGCAGGGAUGUUCUUGUCCCAUCGCGCACUAGCGACUCCUGUGGCCGGGCGCAGUGCACGCUGACUGGGUCGCCAGGUGUACAGUGUUGUUUCCUCCGACACAUUGGUGGCUUCCGGGUUAAGCGGGCACGGUAAGAAGCAGUGCGGCUCAGUUGGGUUGUGUUACGGGAGUUGCAGCGGUGGGACAAGACUGUAACUACCAAUUGGAUACCACGAAAUAAAAAAUAUAUAUAUAUGUUUUACAAAAUAUAUAUUUCUCAUUACCCCACCCCAUAUAUAAUGACACAGCCUUAAAAUCGGUACAUUCCGAUUUUUUUUACGUCAACAAAUAACAUUAAAUUCAUUACAUUUUAAUCUCUUCUCAAAAUGAAAAGAAACCAAUAAAUACAUUUACUCAUUAACAUUUUAUUUUUCUAAUUAUCUUUCUCAAAAAUGUUUGUAUAUUGUCCCAUAGAAUAAUCUGUACCCCAAAAAACUAUUGGCUACCCCGACUUUGAGUACCACUGCUCUACAGUAAUCGAAAUCCUUUGUCUCUCUCUCCAGGUGAUGUGAAACGUAUAGACGUGUCCAGCCCAGCAGAGAACUCUGUGGUGGUGCAGGACCUGCUGCCUAACCACUCCUACCUGUUCAAGGUGAAGGCUCAGAGUCUGGAGGGCUGGGGACCAGAGAGGGAGGGAGUCAUCACCAUAGAGUCAGCCGUCAACCCCAACAGCCCACUCAGUCCAAUGCCAGGUAAUCAGCUAUACAUCUCUGCCGCCCUUUGUUGAUCCCUUUUUAUCCCCACUCCUUUGCUAGCUAAUUCACAUCUCACCUCUAUCGCUCUGUUUCUGUUAUAUUUACUUUAUCUCUCUCCAAUUCCUUUCAAUCUCUCAUUCCUAUGUCCCUUCUUUACAUCUUCUUAUUUUUUCUCUUCCUCACUCUCUCGCUCACUCUGUCUUCCCCCCUCCAGGUUCUCCCUUCACUCUCAGCACCCCCAGUGCUCCAGCCCCCCUGAUAUUCACAGCCCUGUCCUUUACCUCUAUCCUCUCUAACUCCUGUUCUCACCCUCUCCCUCAGGUUCUCCCUUCACUCUCAGCACCCCCAGUGCUCCAGCCCCCCUGAUAUUCACAGCCCUGUCCUUUACCUCUAUCCUCUCUAACUCCUGUUCUCACCCUCUCCCUCAGGUUCUCCCUUCACUCUCAGUACCCCCAGUGCUCCAGGCCCCCUGGUGUUCACAGCUCUGUCCUUUACCUCUAUCCUCUCUAACUCCUGUUCUCACCCUCUCCCUCAGGUUCUCCCUUCACUCUCAGUACCCCCAGUGCUCCAGGCCCCCUGGUGUUCACAGCUCUGUCCCCCGAGGCACUGCAGCUGAGCUGGGACAAACCCCGCAAACCCAACGGAGACAUCCUGGGUUACGUGGUCACCUGUGAACAGCUGCACGGAGGAGGUGAGACUGAGCGCUGACUCCAAAUAAGAUUUGGGGGAUUUUAGACUUUUGUCCACAGUCAUUUGCUAGGAUCUACACAUUGACAUGCGAUCAUCAGAGACUUUGAAUAUCACAAAUGUCAAUUACUCUUCUAUUUUUAUUUAUCUUGACUUAUUAUGGACAAUGCUAGCAAAUGACUAUUCACUUUCAUAGUCAUAUUUGUAUUCACUUUCAUUUCAUAUUCUAAUCCCCACCUCCCUCCUUCUCUCUCUCUCCACUCCAGGUGACAUGCGUUCCUUCCAGGUGAGCGGUAACAGCGCUGAGACCAGUCUGACGGUUCCGGACCUGAGUGAGAACAUGCCAUACAAGUUCAAAGUUCAGGCCAGGACAACCCAGGGCUUCGGCCCUGAGAGGGAGGGCAUCAUCACCAUUGAGUCUCAGGAUGGGGGUAAGAGGACAGAGUCCUACAACAUUCUCUUUUAUCUAGUGUUUAAAUUGAAAUUAAUAAUGUGUCGGUACUCACUUUAAAUUUACCAUACUGGGUUUCAUAUUUAGAAGCCGAUAUUCUCUACGUUUGUACAUUUGGAAUUAUAUUGUAUACUCAUAUAUCAUUCUCUGUCUCUCUUUUUCCCCCUCUGUAGGUAGCACGUCUCAAAUAGGUGGAAUAGGCGGUAUGUCUCAACUAGGAGGCCUAGGUGGUAUUUCCCAAAUAGAAGGCCUAGGAGGUAUGUCUCAGUACAGUAGUCAGUCCUUGACCAAGAGAGAUGUGUUCCAACUGCCGACAGAGGUCAGCACCCGCACCAACGUCACACACACCAUGAUCAACGACCCCUACUUCUCAGGUAUCAUUUUAAUCUCUUUCUUUAGCUCUCUCUCUCCCUCACACACGCACACACGCACGCACACACACACACACACACACACACACACACACACACACAGUGUCUCUCUCUCACACACACUUUAACCCCCUCACCUACCCCUAGGAGACGGUAUGAUGAUGACAGGUAUGACGACCCAGCACACAGAGACCAGCGGCAUGGUGACACGUCACGUGACAAAGGAGGUGGUCCAGAGGAGCAUGCAGGUGGCCGGCUCCAGCAGCGUCACCAAGAAGGUCGAGAGGUCGUUCUAUGAGGCCUGAGGUCAAAGGUCAACAACAAGAUGGCGGUGUCCAUGAGGCCCAACACAUCCUCCUCUCCUCUCUGUCUGUUACAGUGGAUCCUGACCUGUCCUGCCCUCUGUCUGACAUGGGAUUAAUUUCAUUCUUGUCAGUCUUUUGUUUAUGGUUUUGUCGCUUCUUUCUAUUUUGUUGAAAACAUUUUACAUUCAAAGAACACUACCACCCCCACAAAGAGGUCUUGUUGGAAGUUUGACAAUUUUUACACACAAUACUCAUGGCUCCCUCUAUUGGUUCUACCUGGUAUUACGCCCAGAGGUUUUAGAUUAGGCUAUUACACUAAUCUGAGGUCGUAUCUCAAUAGUUUAAAGUAGAGCCCCUGCUAGUGUUAAUAUCUCUUGGCAGAGAUUAGCUGAGAGAUAAAUGGAGGGAGAGUGUGUACAAGUGUUUGUACUGGCUGGCUGCUAUGGCUACUAGAUGUCUGCAGUUUGUUAAAUGUAUUACAUUUGCAUUUUUUACGUUUUAGUCAUUUAGCAGACGCUCU